UCGAAUAGCUUACAAAACUAGCCACUAUAGCCUAUCCGCAUGCCAUCUGCAGAAGUGCAGAUUUUCUGGCUUUAACUAUACAUAUAUAAUACACACACACAUAUGCUCCGUAUACUUUUUACCGCAUCUAAAUUAACACUUGCGGUAGUCAGACCGGGCCUCUAUAUAUUAUGCUUUUCCCGUUUCCACACCAAGCACGAGUGAACUUGCUAGAGAAGAGGGUGCAUGCUUGCGUGUUUAUACAAUUUGUUCAAUCUGGAACCAUGUCUAUCCCACAAGCAGAACAUGUAGCACCUACUGGAAUUCAAUUAACCACGGCUCGUGACAAUUCAGUAACUGGGAUAGACAACCAAUCUACAAAAUUCACUGCCAUCGACAUUUUGGCUGAUGCGGCUCAACCAAACAGACCUUCACCUCAUCUACUAGAACAUAAAAAUAGAGAAAAAUACCUCAAGACAUGUGUUGCCCUCUAUAAGCAUGCACUAAAGGGCGACUGGGAAGCCGCUGAACAAAUCUUGAAAGAGGAUAGGUCACUUCUGAGUGCUAGCAUAACAAGAUCAGGAUGUGAAACAGUUCUUCACGUUGCAGCAGGAUCAAGACAUAUCCACUUUGUGCAGAAACUGGUCAACAUGAUGGACAAAGAACAGUUGGUACUGCAAGACAUAAAUGGAAACACUGCCUUGUGCGUUGCCGCUGCGGCUGGAUCUCUAGACAUUGUCCAGAUUUUGAUAGACCAUAAUAAUUCUUUGCUGACAAUUCGAGGUGGUAAAGAUAUGGCACCACCCUACAUGGCUGCUGUAUUAGGACAGUCGGAAAUGGCAUGUUACCUGUACAACAAAAGUGAAAAGAUGUUGGAGAUAACCGACCGAGAAAACUUGUUUUUUUCUUCCAUUAACAACGGUCUGUACGAUUUGGCCUUUCAGUUGCUAGUUGCUGAUAAAGCAUUAGCGAAGGCACGUACUAGUUCGCAGAAAAAUAAGACGGCCUUGCAUAUCUUGGCUCGAAGACCUUCAGCAUUUGGUGGCAGCCAAAGUCCACGAAUGUGGACUAGACUCAUUAAGUCAUUACUCCCAGGUUUGAAGUUUGCAUGCAAAACAAAGUUGAAAGAAGCUAAUGGAGCCCUUCAACUAGUCUGCCGCCUCUGGGAAGAAAUCUUGAGAGACGAGCACGAUAACGUGAUGAGGCUGAUCAAAUUUCCAACAAACUUGCUAUUUGACGCAGCAGAAUUAGGGAAUUAUGAGUUCCUAGCGGCACUUAUGAGCUCUUAUCCUGAGUUAGUUUGGGAAACUGAUGAAAAUAAUCGAACUAUAAUCCAUGUCGCAGUUUUGCAUCGUCACGCAGGUAUCUUCAAUCUAGUGCAUGAGAUAGGUUCAAUCAGGGAUGUCAUAGUGACAUAUAAGGAUCAUCAGGGUAACAAUAUUGUGCAUAUGGCUGCAAAAUUAGCACCUCAAAAUCAACUGAAUCUCGUGUCAGGCGUAGCUCUUCAAAUGCAGCGGGAGUUAGUAUGGUUUGAGGAAGUCAAAACAAUUGUCCAACCUCAAUACAUAGAGAUGGAAAACAACCAAGGAAAAACUCCUCAAGAAUUAUUCACUGAAGAGCAUAUGGUGUUAAUGCGUCGAGGAGAAAAAUGGAUGCAGGUUACUGCAACUUCAUGUAUGCUAGUUGCAACUAUUAUCGCAACUGUUGUGUUCUCAGCUGCAUUUAGCGUACCUGGUGGCACAGAUGAUCAUACCGGAAAGCCAAACUUUUUGAAAAAGAAAGCCUUUCUAGACUUUACCAUAGCUGAUGAAGUAGCACUCUUUUCCUCUUCAACUGCAAUGCUGAUGUUCUUGUUCAUUCUUACCUCGCGGUAUGCAGAAAAUGAUUUCCUCAAGUCCUUGCCCUUGAAGUUGAUGGUAGGACUCACUUGCCUUUUCGUCUCUAUAGCAUCUAUGAUGAUGGCUUUCAGCACUGCGCUCUAUUUGUCUUGUCAAUAUGGAUCAAAAUGGGUCCCAAAUCUUACAUUUAUAUUUGCAAUUCUCCCUGUUGCUUUGUAUGCGUUUAUGCAGUUCCCUCUCAUGUCUGAUAUGUCCUCUUCAACAUUUUGUUCAAGUCUUUUAUUUCAGCCAUGGAAACGUAUGAUAUACUAAAAUGUUGGGCUGAAAUGUGUACAUUUUUGACGUAGUUAAAUCUUUGGUCCCUAGCUACAAUAAUGAUGUUAUAUAUUCUAACUAGAAUGAAGUUGUAACUACAGAUUGAUCAUCUAUUAUGUACAUUUAAGGCAUAAUCAGAUGAACAUGGUGACAGUUUUACUCUUCAA